AUGAACUAAAGCUGAGUAAUAGUAACUCUAGAGACCCGUGGAUUCGAUAUUUAUUACUUGUGCCACUAUACUGCAGUCCUUUUCAUUGGUUACAAUUGGCCAUUGUUAGGUGUUGUGUCAUAGCGUGUCAAGUUUUUGGCACCGUUGCCGGGGACUUUUUAGAUUAUUAGGAAAGGCAUAAGUUUGUUACUUUAGCGUUUUUCAUUUCUUUUCCACCCUUGCUUUUCACUUGGGUGUUUUUGUGGGUGCAGAUUUGAAUCAUGGAUCCUCAUGGCUUCUCCAAAAAUUGGGGGUAUCCACCACCACCCGUGUGGUAUUACCCCGAGACUCCCUGGAGCAAUCAAGGAGGAGAAGACUAUGGAUUCGGGUUCCAGUACCAACCCCCUUACUACGGAGAACAACCGGACCCCUGGGCAUAUCAAGAACAACCUCAUUACCAAGAAGAAUUUCUCCCACAACCAGAAGGGCCAUCGGCGCUGGAGUUACCCAUGGCGGCCUUGACGGGCCAUUCUGCAGAGCCAUGCUACACUCCACAGCCAGAUCCAAACUAUGAAUUGAGGCUUCUCAUGGAACAGUUUGCUCGAGACAGUGAGAGAACAUGCUCCAGGAUGGAUCAUUGUGUCCAGGCCUAUCGUGAAACAGAGGAGGUCCUCCUGAGCCUUAAGAAGAGCGUCGAUGAUCUUGAGCGAUCUUGUGCACAACCUGCUCCCGAUCAACCUUCUGCUACCAUACUAGAAGAGGAGGAGGAAGAAGAAGGCUACAAGGACAUUGUGGAGCACACUAAAGUUGUCACGGAGAGCUCCCCUGAUGAUCAUGAUCAGAAAUGUCCUGUCAUAGCCGACCACACCUUCCCACAUCCCAAACUGAGCUUUGAAGAGGCGGGCAUGAGUGAGGAGAUGCAAGAAGAUCUCAUGAAAGAAAUUGCUUGGCAGCUUGCUCUCCAAUCGGUGCUAGAAGAAGAAGAGCAAGAAAGGGUGCAGAAAGAAGUUGUGGAGGAUGACGAAAGUGAAGCAGAAGGAGUUCUUGAUCAUUUCCCAGGGGUGAUACCACAUGAAGAAGAAAGGGAGGUUGAAGAAGCAAUUGGUGUCCAGGCUGAGGAUGAAGUUGAGGUGGAAGAGGCUUGCACCGACCCUAUAAUACAAGUAAUAUACCCACCAAACUUCGAGGAACUACUUAGCAAGGACCCAUUUGCAGUGUCUCUUUGCCAGACCAAGGCCACAUCGACAUCGGUCCCUCUUGGUGGACGCGAUGGUGGUCAAUCGAUGUUGUCAUAUAUGGUUUGGGGCAAUGAGACGAGAGAAGAGAAGAAAAGGUCUCGAGGAUGGUGACUUCAUCUGCAUCAAGUGCACGAGCUUCCAUCACCAGUCAUACCACAUGCUCGUGACUUGCGACUCCACCUCAUUGAUGAGAACCUCAACUUCAAGGAGGUUCUAGCAUGGACCAAAACUUAGGAGCCAUCGUCUAGCUCACGACGUGAAAGAAGCGCUUGUUGGGAGGCAACCCAACCAGUCGGUUUGCAUUUCUUUCUCUAUUUCUCCUCGGUUGAGUCAGUUUUGUUAUUUGAUUUUAGAGUCAAUAACUCAAACUUUGUGAGAUUUUGUGUGGUGUUUGCGUUCUGAUUACUCUCUCUUCCUGGAAUGCACCGCCUGACCCGUCCAUCAUCAUUCACCCUUGAUCUGGUAACUUCGUUUUACCCUCCUAAUCUUUCCUCCAUUGAGGACAAUGUCGUGCUUAAGUGUGGGGGGGUGUUCGAUUAUGUGUACGGGUGAAUGUUUGGCUGUUUGUGUGCUUGGAGCCUAGUCCACUGUCCAAAUUUUUAAAUUUGAGGGCUCCAAGUACGUGUUUCCUUGCAAAUUUCCUGCUCAGUAUGGUUUGAAUCGACUUCUCUAUAGUAAUGUGCAACCUAGGGAGGUAGUGUAGCACUAUGGAGGAUGUUGAAGUAUAAGAUUUUUCCUAUCUAGCUUUCUGUUGUGCCACUUGAUUUUGUGAAGUAGUGGAGCUAAGACCGUUGAAUUCAUGUGGUAAUGGUGACUCUGUUUGGAUUGUGUUAUGGACUCGUGUAUCGAAUAGGGUGCUCAUAUGGAAAAUGGGGAGCAGUUGGUCCUCCAUGUCGAAAUCAUUGAAAUCUUAAACAUGGGGUAAGCCCAAUGUGUGUGGCAUCGUUCAUUUCACAAAAUCGGGUUUUGGAAGAGAUUUUAGUGAUCCUUAGUGGGGUACUCCUACAAGGUGAAGCUAAGCUAUCUCUAGUACAAGUAAAAUUUUCACCCGUUGAACGGUUUGCCUACUUGAGGAGGUGUUUUUAAGGGCAGGGAUAGAGCUUCCGACCCCCCUUGAUUUCAUUGACCCUCCACACGAGUUGAGGAAAAGGAGUUAAAAGAAGUACCCUGGCGAGCGCUAGAUGUAAAAAAAUUGCUCUUGCUCGACUAAUAAGGGUCGACCGUGCAAAAGACUGCAGUUGGAACCCCCGCCAAGUGAAUGAAGAAAAAAAGAGAAAAAGAAAUGUAAAUGAAAGUGCAAAAAGGGG